UCGGCUCGGCUCGGCUCGGCUCGGCACCUCCAUUCGGCUCUGUUCGGCCGAUUCGGGUCGGCUCCUCUCGGCGUGCGGGCCAUGGCGGGCUGGUCGCGGGCGGUGCGGGGCGUGCUGCUGGACAUCAGCGGGGUGCUCUACGACAGCGGCGGGGACGGCGGCGGAACGCCCAUCGCCGGCUCGGCCGAGGCCGUGCGCAGGAUCAAAGCAUCUGGUCUGAAGCUUCGGUUCUGCACUAAUGAAACCCAAGCGACCCGGGAGAAGUUUGUGAAGAAGCUCCAGGGCCUGGGCUUUGACAUCUCCGUGGAUGAAGUCACUGCCCCAGCACCAGCAGCCUGCCGCAUCUUGAAGGAGCGUGGCCUAAGGCCACACUUGCUUGUACACAAUGAUCUCAUUCCUGAAUUUGCUGAGCUUGACAAAGCAAACCCAAACUGUGUGGUUAUUGGAGAUGCAGCAGAGAACUUCACCUAUGCAAACCUUAAUGAAGCUUUCCGAGUUCUCAUUGGGAUGGAGAAGCCUGUUUUGAUCUCCCUUGGAAGAGGACGCUACUAUAAAGAAACCGAUGGUCUGAAACUUGAUGUUGGAGCAUAUAUGAAGGCAUUAGAGUACGCUUGUGAUGUUGAAGCUGAGGUGGUGGGGAAACCAGCAAAGCCAUUUUUUGAGUCAGCCUUAGCAGCAAUGGGAGUUCCACCACAGCAGGCCAUCAUGAUUGGAGAUGAUAUUGUGAGUGAUGUAGGAGGUGCCCAGCAGUGCGGGAUGAGAGCCGUGCAAGUGCGGACAGGGAAGUACAGGCCCUGUGAUGAGAACCACCCCCAGGUGAAGCCCGAUGCGUACGUGAACAACCUGGCCGAAGCGGUUGAUAUCCUCCUCCAGCAGCUCUAAACCUGAUGACACCAUGGGUGAUCUGAGGGAGCAGGGGUGAGGCCCCUCAGCAGCCCCUCUAUGAGGCCACCCCCUCCUCUCCCACCUCCAUUUGACAUCAACAGACCCAGCCCCAGCCUUGCCCGGGCUGGGGAAUGCCUGAAUAUCCGAUGGAACAGGAUGGAAAUGAUGGACUCUGCUCAUCAGGGAACACCAGACCUGUCCUGCACCUCUUGAGUGUCCUCUCCUUGGGGCCAAGCCCCUGCCAGCUCUCCCACAGUACAGGCUCUUCCCUGGCUGCCGCUGAGCCUUGUCUGCCCAAGGGGAGUCCUCAGGGUGAUGCUGGGGGGCCCUGAACCCCCUUUAACUCUUUGUUCACACCAGGGACCCAGCCUGGGGGUGCCUGGGUGGGAAAUGGGGUCCCAGCCAUUCGCAAACAGCUUUUGCUGUUUCUCUCACCCAUGCUGUGCCUUUUGAGGUGCCUGGGAUUGGAUUGGGGUGUCCUUGAAGGGUGAUGGAGGCCACCAAGCCCUGAGUUGGGGUGCACCGGUCCAGCCCCAUUCUGUGGGGUCCCAUUUGUGACUCUCCUAUGGGUGGCACAAACACCCUUGUGGGGCAGGGGACAUCCCUGAUCCCUUGGCAAGCUGCUAACUGUGUUUCUCCCAUGAUUAGCCCCUGUCCGGCACUGCCCUGGGAUGGGGCACGGGAAUCUGGUAAAACUGGGACACCUUAUGGAAUACCAGUCAGGAAUAAACCCCAUCCUGUGGAUCUGG